AAGGAGUGGAGUGAAGAUCAACUAUACAUACCUACGCUACGCUUGCUCAUUGUUGAAAUUUCAAUAAAAUUGACAAAAUAUUUACAAAACAAAAAGAAAGUGUGUAGAAAUAAAACCAAUUAACAUUUGAAAUACCAUUUUAAUCAUUUCAUGUUUGAAAGUUAAUAAUGAAAGAGUUAUAUUUGUGAAGUGUUAUGGAAAGUGAUAGUCAUGAAAUACCUGUGUGUAAUUAUUGUUUUAUGCUUUUCUUCUUGUAAAAGUCAAUCGCCGGCUUUAGAAAAAGUGGAUAUUCCUUCAUCGACUAAGGGAAAUUCUUUAUCGGAACAAAAAUGGAAUAUAAAAUUGGAUAUUAAUUUCUCAAAAAAUUUUCCAUCAAUUUUAAGGAAAUCUCUGGGCAGUCAUGCUCGUUUCAAGUGCGAGGCUGUAGUGAAUUUUACUAAAGUCGAAAGAUAUAUCAAAAACAAGGAAGGUAUAGAGACAAUUUUAAAAGAAUCCCCUCCUGAACAUAUCCAGCAAGCUUUGAUGAAAAAUGUCAAAAUUUACUGGCUCAAAAACAACAAACCGCUACCAGUGUCUCCUCGAGUAAAUGUUUCAACCAGUAUCAAUAUGCACAAUAGUACAAUAGGUGUCAACUUACUAAUAAAAGAUAUACAUAAUGAUGAUAAAGGAAAUUACUCAUGUGUUAUCAAGCAGAAUGAUAAAAAACAAACAACUGUAUUGAAAAUAGUGAAAGAUAAAGAUGCAUUGAAGAAAUAUGAAAUACCUACAUAUCCACCUUUAUUUCCUAAUUCCGACAAUGAACUGGAGAUGACAGUGGAGACAACAGCUAACAUGGCCGUGGACAGCAUGAAGUCACAAAGUAACAACCAAGAAACAGAUACUAAGACAAAUGCAACACAUAAACUGCAACCCAUCUGUCAGGAGUAUGUAGGUGCAGUGUGUGAUAUGUACCUUAAAGGUCAAUUUGUUUACAUUCCAUAUGAAACAACACAAGCUUUGUUGGAAGACAAAUUAGGUAAAGCUCUACGAGUCACACAGUACUCCAAUGACAUCAGCUCCAACUGUGAAGGGUAUGCUUUACCCAGCCUCUGUUAUUCUACAUUUCCCAUAUGCAGAGAUCCAAUUGUAACAAAUGACAACUUCUACAAAGAAGCAAAACAGAUAUUGGAGCUACUUUCAUCCUCAAACAGUGAUGAUAGUGAUGAUCCCAAAAUAGAGUUUGACAACCUACCUCAAGGAAUGGCACCUCUUCCAAACAGUAGAUUCAGUAAAAAUGUGACUAUUGAAUUGUUGAAUUAUCGUUAUAACUCUACUGUAUUAAGAAGAGUAUGUAAACAAGAUUGUGAGAUCCUUGAGAAUGAACUGUGUCAAACAGAGUAUGCCAUUGCGAAAAGACAUCCUCAUAUUGGUCAGCAAUUGACUUUAGAAGAGUGUCAAGAUCUACCCGAGAAUGAUCCAGACUGUCUCAAGAUUGGUAUAGGAACUGUUAUAGUUUCUGAUGAUGAAUGCUAUUGGGAGGAUGGCAGCGGCUACCUUGGUAGAGUGAGCAUGGCCGAAAAUGGUAUGCCCUGUAUUCCUUGGUCCAAGCAGAUGCGGCUCAAAGUAUCUAAAUUUCCUGAGCUUGCUGGUCGACACAGCUACUGUCGAAACCCUGGAGGUGUCAAAACACAGCCUUGGUGUUUUGUAGAGAAGGAUGGCAAAACUGAACAACAACUGUGUGACAUCCACAAGUGUGCUCAUAAGAUAUGGAUUUAUAUUGUGAUUGUAUUCCUGCUUCUAACUUUGUCUAUCAUUGGUUUCAUUAUAUGCAUUUGUUACAAGCACAAGAACAAAAAUAAUGCUGCCACAAUUCGAGACAUAAAUUUACCAAAUGCUGAUAAAAACAUUUAUGGUAACUCUAGAUUGAAUUCACCAAUAGAAAUGAAUGAGUUGCUCACAAAUCAAAAUUUGGGCAAUCAACCUCAUCUAACCAGAAACACCCGUGGAAAUGGUGUUCUGAGGAUACCGCAGUAUUCCCUGUCACAGAUAAAGUUCUUAGAAGAGCUCGGGGAGGGAGCCUUUGGCAAAGUUUACAAAGGUGCUAUAAAAAAGAAUGGUGAAACACAGUAUGUGGCAGUAAAAGCAUUGAAGGAAAAUGCCAGUGCUAAAACCCAAGCAGAUUUCAGGAGAGAAAUAGAUUUGAUUUCGGAGUUGACACAUGAGAAUAUUGUGUGUAUUGUUGGUGUGGCUCUGAGAGAGGAGCCCCUGUGUAUGCUGUUUGAGUUCAUGGCUCGUGGGGACCUGCACGAGUUCCUGAUGGGCCGCGCGCCGCCCUCCGGCAAGGGUCUGCCGGCCAUGCGUCUGCUAAAUAUAGCUAACAACAUUGCAUCUGGAAUGCAGUAUCUUGCUUCUCACCAUUAUGUACAUAGAGAUUUAGCAGCCAGGAAUUGUCUGGUUUCUGAUGACUUUGUGGUGAAAAUAUCAGAUUUCGGGCUAUCUAGAGAUAUUUAUAGUUCUGAUUACUACAGAGUUCAAUCAAAAAGCCUACUACCUGUGAGAUGGAUGCCUCCUGAAUCCAUUCUCUAUGGUAAAUUUACAACAGAGAGUGACAUUUGGUCUUACGGUGUUGUUCUGUGGGAAAUUUACAGUUAUGGACUCCAGCCUUAUUAUGGGUUCAGCAACCAGGAGGUGAUAGCCAUGGUGCGCGGCGGCGAGCUGCUGGCGGCGCCCAGCGGCUGCCCGGCCGCCGUCUACAGCCUCAUGCGGGACUGCUGGCACCACACGCCGCUCAGGAGGCCCAACUUCCAGGAGAUUGUCGCCAGGAUCCAAGAGUGGAUCCAGUCGGGGGGCUGCAGCGAGUGGGAGGGGGGCCGCGAGGAGCGCGCGCCGCUGCUGCCGCCGCACUGCUCUUCUUCCAACGGCUCUCUUCACACCAACAGCCUCAAGAAAUUCAGUACGGCGAGUUCGAGUCUCCGCAUGACGGACGACGCCCGCUCCACGUGCAGCGACGUCCCGCCUCUAGCACCAAAGACUAAAAAACAUAGCGCCGCUUCGCUCAUAGACGACAGAACCAGAGACACGGUAGUCAGGAUACCCAACACGCAGUUUGGUAACGAGAUAUAAACAGGUUUUUUUUAUUCAUAUUUUUUUAAAUAUUUUUUGAAUUGAUUUGUUUUGUUAGUAGCUUUACUUAUUUAUGACAUAAGCGGAAUUUCGGUACCUCGAUAGCAGCGAUACGUAGGUAAUAAUUAUUUUGAUAGCGAAAUACCAUGAAGAAUAAUCGACUGUAUCGACUAUUGAUACAAUCCAUAGUAUGGCAUAGAAUGAAGCGAUGCUAUUGAUACUAUUGCCCGAUUCUGAUUGCUUUAGCCUCAACUAUCGAUAGUAGGCUAGGUAUGUUCUGAUACUUGCU